CGGUUUGUAUUGCCUUUACUCAGCAGCUCGCCAUGCCACUUGCUCUUCCCCCAUUCCCUGACUGGGAAUAUACCCAUAUACCCGGACCGUCAGAUCUCCGGACCGUCGUCGAAGUCAAACGACUAGUCAUUCGGUCAGAACUCGAGCAGGCUGUCAGUCGUGCAUGUACUGUGUACUGCUUUCCAUCAAUUGAAAAUCUGAGUUUGUUUUCGGGCUGCGCUCAGAGACUACGAUCGCGCACUUCGUAGGGUAAAUGAAAUUAAUUUAAAAAGUUCUUCGGUCAGUUCGGAAUUUGUUUCCAGAACGAAGGGAGGGCGCUUUCCGUGGUCCCAGAUACGCGAGCAAUGACAUCGAUUCAAAUCAACAACGAACUCUAGGAAUAUUAAAAUGGAAACUGCCAGCAGCUCAAAAGGCAGCACAACCUCCCAAAUCAGCUCCCUUCAAUAUAGCAGCGACAUUAACGCCGAUAGCCUGGAGCCCGAUCAAUCGGAGGACUUUCAAAAAGUCCUCGGCCUCAAGUAUUUGCCAUCCUGGCCAGCGGUAAAUUUGCAGUUUUCGGAACUAUGUUAUGUGGUUCCCGACCAAACCAAUGCUUCAAAAACAAAGACGAUUUUACGGAGAGUCAAUGGAAUGUUUCACUCUCACGAACUUACUGCGAUAAUAGGGCCUUCAGGCGCUGGUAAAACCACACUGCUAAACCUGCUGGCGGGCUUUGGCGCCGUGUGCGAAUCCGGUGAGAUUUUGGUCAACAACAGUCCGCGAGAUAUGCGAGUCUUUCGCAAAAUGUCUCGAUAUAUAAUGCAGACUGAUGUCCUGGACUCACAGUUUACAGUACUAGAAAUUAUGCUUUUGGCGGCAAACUUGAAGUUGGGAAAAGAACUAAAUUUAAAACAAAAGCUAGAAGUGAUUGACGAAAUUUUGGGAAUGUUGCGCCUAAAAGACACCCUAAACACCAUGGCUCAAAAGCUAUCUGGGGGUGAGCGAAAGCGUUUAUGCAUUGCCCUUGAGCUGGUCAACAACCCACCUGUCAUCUUUCUAGAUGAACCUACAACUGGUCUUGACGACUUAUCGAGUUCACAAUGCAUUGCCCUACUCAAAGUUUUGGCCUUCGGGGGACGCACUGUGAUCUGCUCCAUCCAUACGCCAUCUGCCAAGAUCUUCGAGAUGCUCGAUGCAGUGUACGUUCUAGCCGAAGGCCAGUGCGUCUACCAAGGAAAGGGGUCCAACAUUGUACCUUACUUGAAGAACUUUGGGCUUUGUUGUCCAAUAACCUACAACCCGGCUGACUUCAUCAUCGAAGUUGCUUGCCUUGAGUAUGGCGGGUCCUAUCACGAGCCAAUGGUAGAAGCCAUGGGCAACGGCAAAGUUGCGCGAUGGAGUCCUCCAGCAGAGGAAGGUAAAACCACACCCACUAAAACCGACACCACCUCGGGGGCAUCGUCGUUUUACGAAAGGGAUCAGUUUGAGGAAGAGAUUAGCCCAAAACUUUUGAAAUCCAAAUGUAGCUGGUGGCUGCAGUACAAGCUCUUGCUUGUGCGUAUGCUAAUCCAAAUGUGGAGGGAUAAGUCGUACAUCAAGCUUAAGUUCUAUAUGAACAUCGUUCUUGCUUUACUGGUGGGUUCGCUCUACUUUGGUAUGGGAACCUCGGCUUCCAAAGCGCUUUUUAACUUCGGUUUCAUGUUCACCAUUGUGAUAGCAUACCUCUACCUUCCUAUGAUGCCUGUGCUCUUAUAUUUUCCUACGGAAAUCAAUCUGUUAAAAAGGGAGUACAACAACCAGUGGUAUCGUCUGAGCUCCUACUACGCAGCAAUGGUUUCCUCAAAGCUACCAUCUAUGUUUAUUUUGGCCGUUAUUUAUCUGUCCAUUGUGUACUUAAUGUCCAGCCAACCACUUGAAUGGUUCCGCUUUGCCAUGCUAUUUACAAUAGCUUUCGUAACGGCCUUAACUUCCGACAGUUUUGGCUUGUUGAUCUCCAGUAGACUGAGCUUAGUGAAUGCAAUGUUCAUUGGGCCAGUACUCGCCGUGCCGCUGAUCCUGCUUUCCAUUUACGGCAUUGGGUAUGGAGGAGGAACAUACAUAUCCCCACUUAUGAGGUUCCUGAUGCAUCUUAGCUACCUUCGUCAUAGUAUGGAAGGCCUAGUCGCAUCCUUGUACGACUACGGACGCGCCGACACAAUUUGCGAAGACACGGAAAUCUUUUGCUCAUUUAAAAAGUCGAAAGUUUUGUUGUCCUUUUUAGGAUUCGAAAACAUGCACUAUUUGUGGUCUCUAUCUUGCUUGAUGAGCUUUUAUUUGCUGUUCACUGUAGCAGCAUACUUUAUGAUUAGAAUGCGACUGAAACAAUCCGUGGUCAACCCCAUUUUUGCAUAUGUCAUACAGCUUUUAACGAAAUAUUUUAACUUUACUUCGUACAAUUACUAACAUUAUGGACGGUUUGACCUCGGUGCUAGAAAAAUUAUUUUAAGCGGUAUUUCAGGGGGCAUUCUUAACAUCCCAUAUUAUAUGUGGGCUUAAAUAAUAUUCAUAAACUAUCAAAGUGAUAUUGGAUUAUGAUGAAAAGUUUAUGAUCAAGAAUACAAAUGCUUGUUACAUUCUUUGCAACGAAUCUAGUAUACCCUUUUACUCUACGAGUAACCGGUAUAAAAAUAUAUAGAUGUAGGAUUUGCUUCAAAGUGCAUAAUAGUUGUCUUGCCCAAGAUCAGAAUUUAAGAUUGAGUUUAAAAAUCUGCCCGCGUUCGUUACCAAACUCUAUAUGCCUUUGACUAAUUUUAAGUGAGAACGGCAAAGUACUGUGCCCUUGAUUCACUUCAAAAUAUUCUAAUUAUUUGGUAGUUCUAUAAAUUGUGAUAUGUGGCGUCACAAUAAAAACCGACAAAGUUAA